AACUUUGAAUAUCAUGCGUUUUUGCACCUUACGAAAGACAGUGUUACAAUUUUCUGAUAAUCGGCAUACGCUGAGGGGGCGCAAGCCCCAGUACUAACCAUGGUCAAUAGGUCGCGCUGGAAGGGGGCGCACGAUAAGUUCCCUGCCCACGUGGAGGAGGCUAAGAAUAGUGACGGCAAUGUACAUCGCGGCUAUUUUUUGCUGGAAUUUCGGAUCGCGGCGGAGCUUCUACGAGUUGGCCCAAUGCACAGUCCUGAGGAUUACUGGGCCCCGAGCGACUGGCAGCUCUUGCUUGUGGUUUCGGAGUACAUGUCUGCCCUGCUUGAGUUCCUGGACUGGUUUUGGCCGGACAUGGGCUGGGAGCACCACAAGCAGGCCAUCGUGCUCUCCAAGCGGCUGCUGCAGCCCAGGAGCCCCAACACAUAUCCGGACCUGCAGAUAGACCCGCAGCUCAGAGCAGCCUGGCACUCCUUCACCUACUGCUUCUGGCACGGAACAAGACACUUGCCGGCGAUGCCGCCGUCAGGGGAACCCGCAGCUGCCCACAAAUCAGCGCGCGAGUGGUUGACCAAGCUGGUGGGCGAGUGGGGCUUUGAGGAGAGUGGGCACAUCACGUCUGCGCUACAGUCCUGGAUUCAGAGCACCCGGCCGAGGCUCCAAGAGGCCUUUCCCAACGUGGACUGGUCGCGGUGGCCGACAGUGGUGUGGCCCAACCCAGAGUGUGCCUUCCGGGCCGUGGAGAAGCGUGGCGCCAUAAAGCGGCAGCAGGAGGAGGACUACGCGGUGCGGUGGCCGCUGCGGGUCACGCAGGGCCGACCAAAGUUUAACCACUUAAAGCUAGAGGCGCGCGACGGCUUCGUGGUCGGCAUUCCGCCUGUUAAGAAUCCUCCAGCUUUAUCCUUCCUGGCCGUGUCGGACGUGAUUUGCGCAUUCAAACAGGCGGCGCAGCAUUGGCCCUCUGCUCAGCCGGCCAGUUCCACCUACCUGGCGCAGCAGGACGUGGUGCAGAGCUUCGUGCAGAACGUGCUGCGGGAGACGCGGGGGCCGCUAGCGCCAGGCAUCGCACACGAAAAAUACAAGUACCUGGGUUACGUGGCCUGCAGCGUGCUCGGCUGGAACAGCGCUCUCGCCCAGCUGACAUUGCCCGUCAGUGAAACAGCGGCCUGGGGCCCGCAGCCGCUGGCGCUGGCUGGCGGUACCGCGGCGCUGAUGCUUACGCAACAGUAUCGCCAGCAGCAUGAGCACCAACACCAACAUCAGCAGCACGGGCUUGGCCUCGAUGGCGCGCACAACGCAGUCGCGCAGGGCCUGAACCUGGGUAUGGGAUCUUUGCUGCUGCCUGUGUCCGCGCCCUUGGACCUGGGGAUGCGCGUUGAUUUGGGCCUUGCAGCGCAGCUAGCGAUGCAGCCUGACCUCCUAAUGAGCCCGGAGACGGAGGCGGCCCUGGCGCUGCGGCAGCCACAGGCGGUGACGCCGCAGCCGCUGCCGCAGCCGCCACGGACGGUGACGCCGCCACUGCCGCCACCGCCGCCACAGCAACAGCCGCUGCUGGCUGCUGGGGCAUCGACCGCAGCGCGGGCGGCCGCGACUAUGGCACACAUGGUGCAAGGCUUUGGAUCUGUGCCUCUGCCGUCCCCAACGGCACCUAAUGCAGUCAGCGUGGCUCCGCUGCUGGCUGGCCAGGCGAGUGCACCACAGGGGGCCGCGUUGCAGCAGCACCGACCAGAUUCGCAGGCCACGCGGCCACGGCCAAGCCCGUUCUUGGCGCGCACAUGCACUGCGAGCACCAGCUCGGCUGGGGCCCAGAGCGCGGGCAGUGUGGCAACACGCGCAGAAUCACCUACCGAGGACGCACAGCGCCAGGACGGCCAGGGGUUGUGUGGAGUGCGAUAUUGCGAAGCGCAGCAGGCACAACAGCCAAAGCCGGACGCGCAAGACGGGUGCGGUGAGGUGACCGGGCGAGCGGCAGAGGUAGCUGGCUCCCUCGACGGCCCGGCACCCAUGAGCCUGGGGGGCCUCAGCUCCAUGCAAGACCUCAUAGACGGUCUGCCGUCACAGGCAGACCUUACCUGGAGUGCUAUUCUGGGCGCUGUCGCCGGCGAGGAAACGGGUGCAGAGGAAGGCACAGGCGCAGCUGCUGGACCUCCCGGGGCUGCAUCCGAGCUGAUGGCCGCGCUGCCGUCACUGCUUCUUCCCAGUGGGCUUGCUUCGGCCUCGCAUCCACCACCGCGAUCGCAACCGGCGCAACUGCAACCACAUGGGUGUUCACACCAGCAGCUGAGCCAGGGGUUAGGGAAACAGCAAGCGCAGCCCUGCGAUGAAGGGCUGCUGCCGCCACCGACGCUUGUACCUGGGCCGUUGUUGGCGGUGCAACAGUUCGACAGCGCGCUACCGUACGGCGCGUCUCUGCAGCCAUUGCCGCUGCCACCGACGCUGCUGCAGGCUCCCGAUGCACCGGUUCUUGCGCACCGACCAAGCCGGGCAUCGUCACCCUGCCAGGCGACCAUUACCACGAGCGCGCUACCAAGUGCGGUUUUGCAAAGUCUAGGACUGCCCAGCCUGGCCCUGCCCAGUUCAGGGCUCUCUCGGCCAGAACUGUCCGCGGGCGAUUCCAAGUUUACGCGGCGAAGCCACGGGGAAGUGUCCACGCUUUCACCCAUGGCCAGCUGUGGCCCCAAUGGGGAGGUAUUGCCCUGCAGCCCCGCCACUGCUGGGGCAGCAGCGGGCGCCAGCACGGCAGAUGAUGAAGCUGGGUCUGGGGGCGGCACCAUGGCGUCGGGAAGCGGGACCAAAUCAUGCCAUGUCGGGAGUUUGCAAAGGGACAGGGAUGCGCAGGCAGCAGUCUUGUCGACGGGUAGCCGGCGGACACGGCAGGAUGUUGCAGCGGCUGCGGCGGCUGCGGCUGCGGACCUGGGUCUGGCUCCAGCGCCAGGGUCUCUUGUUGAGCGCAGCGCAAAGCGGCCCAACGCUCAGAAAGAACCCGUCAGGGUUUCGGCGGUCACGGCGGAACGGGUGGAGUCAUUGGGCGCCUUUUUGGCGGACCAGCAUGUGAACUUAGCCAUUACCAUCGAGCGACCGGGGGAUCUCUUGCAGCAGCAGCCUCCCCAGCUGGCGGGGAAUACAGCCAGGUCGACUACUGUGGCGAAUGCGACUGUGUGGGCAGAGCGCGAUGCAGUUGACAAGAAGGCGCUUGGCCGCCAACUCUUGCGACUACUGCGAGCUUGGGCAGAAGAGGGCAACGCUGCAGGCCAGGCUGAUGAUGCAUACCUUGCAGCUGCGGCGACUGCGGAGGUACACCGCCGCGCCGAGGAGCUGUUGGAGCGUGGCGCGCCCGUGGACGCGACUGAGGACGCUGAGGAGGCGGCUGCUGUGGCGACCACUGCGGCGGGCGCUGUGGCAUCUGCCGACGCGGCGCCUCCAGAUUCCGGAUCCGGAUCCGGGGCUUGCUCCGGCACCUCUGGCUACACUGCGUUGCACUGGGCCUGUCUCCGUGGUGAUGUGGCCCUAGCGGAGCUGCUCAUCCGGCACGGGGCCGACCCGGACUGCCGCGACGCCGCCGGCACUCCCGCCCGGCUGGUGAACCCGGCCUUCACAGCCACGGUGACGGAGGUCGCCGCACGAUGCGGGACGCGGGAAUGCGGGCCCGCUGUUGUCGCUGCUGCCAGCAAUGCACACACCCAUUCACAGGCCCCAUCCAGCGAGUUCACGUCAUCGUCCGUUACGGCGACGGCACAGGCCACCGCGGCCGAUUUGGCGGCGACACAGCAGAGCCAGCUCCGAAACCGGUUAGCAGAACUGCUGCGAUCGGCGGACCAAGUUGCGGCGCAGCUGGUCCUGAGGGACCCUCAAACAGCCGCGGGUGAGGUGUUGCGGGUAAUGCGUGACACGGACUUUCUUUACCCGUGCAUUGUGUCUGGCGGGGCGGCAUCGCAGUAA